AUGGAAUCCGAUUCCCCAUCUUCUACAACUCAACCCUUGGAAACUGGAGAGCCAAAUGGGAAGCGGCAACCGCGGCCACAAGAACUGUCUGACAAAGCGUUGAAGAACAGCAAUGACUUCGGCCAUUUUACUAGCUCAACCCUGCAGCUCUCGCUGUGGCAGCAAUACCAGAGAGGCCAGUAUACCGAUCUCACGGUGACGUGCGGGGAUCGGUCAUUCCAGGUCCACAAAGUUGUGGUAUGCGCCCAGUCCCCGUUCUUUGACGCGGCGUGUGGGGGACAAUUCAAAGAAUCAUCCGAGAGCAGAAUCGAUCUAUCCGAUGAGGACCCAGAAAUGGUAGAGCGGCUCUUUCAAUUUCUGUACCUAGGAAACUAUGCCGAUGGUGAAUACUUUCAUGAGUUACCUUCGGUCCCAGUCCUGAUGACAGCAGAGGAUGUUCAAACUCAGGUCAAGGAUACAUCUGAUGGAAUCCUCUACACAUCAUUCGACGUCUCUCCCCCGUACUUCAACGACCCAGAAUAUGACCCUGACCAAGAAACAACCACCGAUGAAGAGUCCGCUGAUCCCCUCGAGUAUGACUCGGAGCGUACCUGCGAAUCCCCAGUCUUUGACAGCAAUGACGACUCGUACCGCAACCAACAUCCGAUUCAGCUCUUCACCUCCCUGCGCAUGUACGUCAUUGCUGAUAAAUACAAUAUACCAGCCCUACAACUCCUUGCUAGGAACCGCUUCACUCGUACUGCGGAAAUCCACUGGAGAAUAUACCCAGAAUUUCCGGCAGUGUUGGAUGAGCUAUACAUGACGACUGCCCCAGCAGACCCGUUAAGACAGGCUGUUUGUAUGCUGAUCGCACGGUAUUAUUUUUCUCACCGCUCUAUCAGACUGACGUUUCGACCAAUAUUUGCCAAGCAUCCGGACCUGUCGUUGGCUUUGCUGGAUUGGAUGGGGGCAUAUUGGGAUGCACAGCUGUCAGGUACUGGUCGCCGCGGGGAUCAAGUGAUUAUCUUUUGGUGA